ACUGUCCGGGAUCCGUGCUGACCUGGCCAUUCACUUACCUGUCUCCUCUGUGUGCACUCACCGCUCCUUCCACCAUGACGGACCAAGCACCCUUUGACACCAAUGUCAUCACCAUGACCCGAUUCAUCAUGGAGGAGGGCAUCAAAGCCAAAGGAACCGGAGAGAUGACCCAGCUCCUCAAUUCCCUCUGUACUGCCAUCAAAGCCAUCUCUUCUGCUGUGCGCAAAGCUGGUCUGGCCAACCUGUACGGCAUCGCUGGAUCCACCAAUGUGACAGGGGACCAGGUGAAGAAGCUGGAUGUUCUAUCAAAUGAUCUGGUUGUUAACCUGCUAAAGUCAUCAUUUAGUACCUGUGUCCUUGUAUCAGAAGAAGACGAUCAUGCACUCAUAGUGGAGCCCGAGACCAGGGGUAAAUACAUUGUGUGCUUUGAUCCUUUGGACGGUUCGUCAAACAUUGAUUGUCUUGCAUCCAUUGGCACAAUCUUCGCCAUAUAUAGAAAGGUGUCAGACGAUGAGCCUAGUGAAAAAGAUGCUUUGCAACCAGGACGUGACAUUGUAGUCGCAGGUUAUGCACUGUAUGGAAGUGCCACAAUGCUGGUCCUUGCCACAGAGCAUGGAGUGAAUUGCUUCAUGUUAGACCCUGCAAUUGGAGAAUUCCUUUUGGUCAAUAAAAAUGUGAAGGUUAAACCAAGAGGCAAUAUCUACAGUCUAAAUGAAGGCUAUGCCAAAUACUUUGAUGCAGCAGUCACAGAAUAUCUCCAGAAGAAGAAAUUCCCAGAGGAUGGCAGUUCACCUUAUGGAGGACGAUAUGUUGGUUCCAUGGUGGCUGAUGUUCACCGAACACUGGUUUAUGGAGGAAUCUUCUUAUAUCCUGCAAACACUAAAAGCCCAAAGGGAAAGCUGAGGCUUCUGUAUGAGUGCAAUCCCAUGGCCUUUAUCAUGGAAAAGGCCGGAGGACUGGCCACCAAUGGACUGGAGAAUGUGUUGGAUAUAGUUCCAGAGAGUAUUCACCAGAGAAUGCCCAUAGCCCUGGGCUCUACAGAAGAUGUGAAGGAGUACAUUGAGAUUUUCAAGAAACAUGCCAAGAAAUAAAAGGCUGCUGGACUGAAUUCCUAGAAAAAGGACCAAAGAAUAUAAUACUUGUCUGUGUUUAAUGAUGAGCGGAUCAAUUCACCCAAAGUAUGGUUCUGAUUCACAGCAAGUAGAUCUCUAUGGGUCAGCUUCUCACUGGGUGAAUCAGUUUACUUGGUGAACUGGUAAAGGGGUCCUUUGAACUUCGUACCAAUUCAUUUGGGGGUGUCUGUCAAAAAGCAAAAUUCAGUGUCUGCUCUUCUGAAUGGUUCGUGGAGCAAUCGUUUAUUAUUAUCUGUGAUCUUUCAUAGAUUCUCAGGAACACAACUUUCUAAAAAAUUUCAGGUCUGCUUAAAAAUGUGAAUAAAUUUUUAUAUUUACCUAUAA